UAUAUUUCUGCACUCUACACAGCGAGGUGAGGCGGGGAGUGAGCUGAAGCUCGCAGGAUGGCUAAAAGUGAUGGAUAUGCUUAUUUCAGGAGAUCAAGUCUCUUCUGGAUCCUGACUGUAACGCUGUCGAUGAGCUACUAUACAUGGUUGGUCUUCUGGCCACAUCAGAUACCAUAUGAUAGUCUGGGUCCGCUUGGUUCUCUUUCAAAGCAUCUCGUGAAUGAAUAUUACAGCAUCAUGUACAAAGGAUGGUGGUGUGCUUGGGCCAUCCACUUCUUUGAAGCCCUGGCAGCACUGAAAGUAUGCAGUGAUAAAGGCAUUGACAGCCCGUCCACUCGUCUCCUGUGGUUCGUUCAAACAGUAUUGUUUGGCUUUGCGUCUCUGGGUUUGCUCCUCAAAUACAAGCCUGACCGCCAUGCCAAACAGCAAUGAGCAGCUGCAGACACAGACUACGCUGAACAGAAACGGUUUUUCAGUUAGGGAGGCAAGACUAGGUAGAUCCUUUUAACAAAACACUUCCAUGUGUCCAAACAGAGCAGAAUCACAUUCCACAACAGAUUAUCUGGUGUGCACUUCCACUUACAUUUAACAGGUACUGUUAUACAGAACUUUCCCAAGAGACCUCUGUGAAACAGGACUACACAUCCCAAUAACACUACCUCUUAUAUGGCUGUAGCUGCUAAGAGGGACCUUUUCUAUACAUUUCACUACAUAAAACCUUAAUGACCCAAACUGAAUUGCUGCAACACAAGGGCCAGUUUUAGUACUCCAUUAACAAAGGCUUUCAAACAAUAAUAAUAAUACUAAUAAUAAUUAUUAUUAUUAAUAUUUUUUACCACAUUGUAUGUUAGUAAACUCUAAACUAAACUUGACACAGCUGUGGCCCUGUUUCUGCUGAUUUGGGCUUAAAGGGGAAUUCCACCAAGUUUUCAAAAUUUCUGCAUAAUAUGGUUGUCAUUCUAAAUGGUUUGAUGUGAAAUGGUUCAUUGUAGAGAAAUUUACCAACUCAGAUUUCUUCACAGUGGUGGUGACAGCAACCACCGGUCAACCUAGCAGUGAAAUGUUUUAAUAUGUAAAAAAUAGUGGUAAAUCUGAAGUUCAAACAGGUUUUCUUAGGAGGCUAUUUUGCCUUACAGAGCACUGCUAAUGCCUCUCUGCCAUGAAUGGCUUUGGCCAAAACUGUAUCACAGAACUUUCGUAAAACAAGGUCUCAUGCAACAGGCAGCAUAUUUUUAAUCAUUUCUUGUAAUAAGUUUCUGUGAAGUAGCUUUUAGAGGCACUAAACUAUUGGCAAGUUUCUCUCGAACAAAGCAUUUCAAGUCAAACCACUCUGAAUGGCUUUGUUUACAAAUUAGCCAUCCAGCAUACAUAUUGAUAAAUCGUUAGAAUUCCCCUUCUAAAGAUGAUUUGCAUCGUUUUCCAUUAUGGGAGAAGCCCUAGCAGUAGCAACUCAUGAUAGCAUUUUUGCACAUGCUCUUCAGAAGUUGGAAUUUGGGUCUGUUUAACCCCUUAAACUGCACCUUAUUAUUCAUUAAUCAUAAGACAUAUCAAGCACUAUGAAUUCUUCACUGACUGCUAUGAAACUAGUAUGUAAGUUAUGUAGUCAUGAGAGUGAGGGAUUGAGGGAAAGUGUGGACCCACAUACAUGCCCUUACAGUUUGAGGUUAUAUUCUAAGGCCAGAGAAUUCAUAUUGUGUGCCUCCUAGCGUAGUAAAUGAGGAACCUUUAAAAUUUCAGUGAGCUCUCAGUAGCACUUCUCCACUAAUGGACAACAGCUAUGGCUGCCAUUGUCAACAGUCUAAACUAGCCAUGAGCAGCUCAUCGAGUUAGAACAGUGCUUCUACAGCUCAAUGUCAAGGCCCAGUAGUUCUCUACACUGUCCAAGGGCAAGAACCGAUGAGAGUGAAACUGGGUGAUUCACUGAGUGAUUGGAUUUGCCAGUGUUUGUGUCAUUUGGGUGUCUGCCUGGUGAAGCUGACAGAGCUGGGCAGUUAGCAUUGUGUUCCAAGCGUACGCUCAAAGAGGCUAUUUUGAAAGCGUACAGUGGCAACAUUCACUGGCUACAAUAUAUGUAGAUAGACCUACCUCAGUGAGAAAUGAGUAUGGGGAGAACAUUAGCAAACAUUAGUGCAAUUGGAUUUUAAAAAUGCAAGUGCACUCAUAGAAACAGUGGUGAAUAAAUGUUUCUUGGUUUUGACAUGCAGUUAAAAGCCUUUAACUGCUAUAGAACCUUUAUAUCAUUUAGGGGUUCAGUAUACUUCAUUAAAUGUUCUUCACCCACACACAUCCAAAUUUUCUAUUGAAAGGUAGUUCUUCCAGGGCAUUGCUCAAAGAACUCUCUUUGGGAUCUUUAUUCCUGAGAGAGUAACCUGAAGUGUUUGCUAUCAUAUUAACAGACAAGCAUCAAGACAACCAUGAUCAACUGUAAUGCUAUGAAAAUGUACCUUCCUUUCAUCUGAUCAUGUGUUUUAUCAACCUGACUAUCAACUGGUCAACCCAGCUUAACCAAAACCUACAUCUAAACCGUAGAUGUCAGUCUGAACCACCAAAUAAUAUAGGUUUAACGUUGAUAUCAUUAACGGAAAUUGUAAGUAAUUGAACACCUAGUUCCCUCCUGUCACCCUUCCCUACUUACUCAAUAACUGGUUGCUCCACUUAUUGUGUUGCAGAUUCUAACAGCUGACCUUAAUUACCCAAUAACUGGAUUUAGGUCACUGGAGGAGGAAAUUACUUUUUCACACCUGAUGAUUGCAUGUUUAAUCACUGAAAAAAAGUGCCGAAAUCAGACAAGGGGGCCUUGUCUUUUCACAGCACGUCAUUGCAGAUAUCAGUUAUUUAUUACAGUGCAGUGAAUACAGGAUUUCAGUGUUCAGAUUUUAUAAAUGAGUAAAACGAAACAGGCCUUGCAAAAAACAAUAUUUUUAAAAUAUAAUUUAACAGCAUUUUGAAUUGUUAAGCGCAGUAUCUCCAAACCCUGGUCCUGUAGGCUCACUGGCUUGUGCAUUUUAGGGUUUUCUCUGCUCCCAGCACAACUGAUCCAACUAAUCAGGGCUGGGCUUCCCAAAAGCAUCAUAGCACAAAGAUCCUUGUUAGAUGGUAGAGCACGCAUCACUUCAAACACUCUCUCUACCAGUUAAGGUUAUCAUAAUACUACGAUGCCCUGCACAUUAACAAUCCCUUACUGAAUUGAAUUGGAUGCGUUUAAAGCAGGGCUGUGUGCCUACAGGACCAGGGUUAGGAUGCUGAUGCAGUGCCUUUAAACAUUUUAUGAGGGAACAGCACAGAGUAGAAAGAAGUCUUUAGGAGAAAUGAAGACUUUUAUUGUAUUGCCUUGCCUGCAAUGAUUUUUGAAUUUUGUUUGAACUCUUCCAUUAAUCACAACUCGCAUGUUGUCAUAGGUGAAGAGGUUUAAUUUUCUUUUUUUGAAAAAAUAAAGCAGUGAUUUACCUUUU